GUGCCGUGGGGUGACUGGUUGCCAAGGCAUGGGAUGCGGUUCCCUCCCCCCCAGCCCUCCCCCCCCUACAUAGGGGCGUUAGAGCCUGACAUCGUCUCAUGCUUAGGGCCAAUCCCUCUUGUUGCCCUGGGGCCGGGAAUGACGUUGCUUGACCUCCGCGGAUGUGCUUGGGAUGGACUUCCGGGUUAUAAUGGCGGCGUCCCUGGCCGUGGCAGGAAGAUGCCGCUUGUGGUGUUGUGCGGGCUGGCGGGCAGCGGGAAGAGCCGCCGGGCCGAGGAGCUGCGGGGGGCGCUGAGCGAGGAGGAGCGGCCGGUGCACGUGGUGGCGGAGGCGGUGGGGGGCCGCGCGGCGUUGCGCGCCGAGGUGGAGCGGCGGCUGAGCCGGCGGGACGUGGUGAUCGUCGACGCGGGGAACGAGCUGAAGAGCUUCCGCUACGAGCUCUACUGCGUGACCAAGCAUGCGGGCACGCCGCAUUGCCUGCUGCACUGCGCGGGGGGCGCCCCGCACCCGUCCGCGGGCCCCUUCGAGACCCCGGACUCGCGGAACCGCUGGGACCGGCCCCUCUUCACCGUGCACGGGCAGGAGCCGCUGCCGCUGGCGGAGAUCCGCGCCGCCCUCUUCGAGAGCAGGCCGCCCCCGCCCAACCAGUCCACCCGCUCGCAGCCCCUGCAGUCCGCCGGCUUCCUCCACCAGCUGGACCGGGUCACCCAGGAAGUGCUGGCUGCCGUGCUGGCUGCCCAGAGGAGCGGGGCCCAGCCUGGGGAGCUGAUCCAGGUGUCUGGGGCCAGCGAAGGGCUGGUGCUGAACCGGCCCCUGGGUAUGGCUGAGCUGAGUCGGCUCCGUAGGCAGUUCAUCAGCUACACCAAAAUGCACCCCAGUGAGGAGAACCUGCCCCAGCUGGCCAACAUGUUCCUGCAGUACCUGAGCCGCAGUAUCCAGUGACCCCUGUAGUCUCCCCAGUCCAGCGUCUGCACAGGAGGGCUGGCUAAUGGGGUCCAGUCACUGAGAGCCUCCAGACACCCCAAAAUAAGAGUCUCUGCCAACAGGAAGUUGGCUUUUCCUAGUCAUUGUUCUCCAGUGCCUGGACCAGGAAUCUGUGCUGAUAGGAGGAGGGCCCUGCAUUACCCAUCAUCAGAGUAAGAGUAUCCAGCCAGAGUGGGUGUGGGGAACCAGCUGUGGUGGUCCAUGAUAUCUGCUAACAGGAGUUGUGGGUGUGCACGCGCACCACUUCCCCCCCAGUAGCAGCCUCAGCAUCUGAGUAGGAAAGCCUGGCAAAGGCAGCUAGCCAUCAGGUCCUCAGGCAUCCAAAAAGUCUACUAAUGGGGGCUAUGGAGAGCCAAACCCCACUAACUAUAUGGUCUCUGCAGUGUCCGAAGAAGAAUGCUACAGGGGAGCCGAGCUCUCAUGCUGCUGCAACAUCUUGAGAAAGAACAAUCUUUCGUCUGAGUUUUUUCUAAAUAAGGCAAGGAUAAGAUGUAUACAUCAAACUGUACAAAGGAGGCCUUGCUGCUCUUGGAUUGGGACUUACAGCCUUUUUAAAAACUGCUGGUGUUUUCAAAAGUUUGUCUGAACCCAGGAAAUUAAUCUUCAAAAUUUGGACAGUGGAAACUUGCGUACUUAGUGUACUCAAAUGUCUGUUUCUUUUUUUGAAAUCCUGUGCCUAGGAUGGAAUGAAAUAUUUAAUUUACUUUCAAAACAAUUAUUUCAGCAA